GAAAAGGCCCAGGGCUAUCUAGAUACGCGUUUUCCGAUUCCCAUAUUCAUUAAAUCUACGGAGUGCUCGUCUCCAAGUUCAAUCAUGACAGUUUGUGCCGGCAGACUAAAGUGCUUCGGUAAUCCCGCCGUUUCGCUCCGCACUGCCGCAUCCAGAGCAUAUGCAACGACGACAUCUCCAGACCCAGCUAUCCCUAGUUCUUCGAGCGCAUCCUCUUCAUCUGCUCUCCCUAAAAGACCGCAGACAUCGUUUCGAGACAAACUAAACGCCGGUCCAUCAUUCUCCGACUUUCUCUCUGGAGGGAAUAGAGACGACGCCCGCAUCCUAGACCCCAAUGAAGCAUAUGCGUUAAAAACGGCGCUCGUCGGGCCCAAGGGCAAAAAGAAAGAAAUCACUCGUUUGCCAUCGUGGCUCAAGACUUCUAUCCCAGACUCGAAUAAUUACAAACGUAUUAAGAAUGAUUUACGUGGUCUCGGCUUGCAUACUGUUUGCGAAGAAGCCCGGUGUCCUAAUAUAUCAGAAUGUUGGGGUGGAAGCUCGAAAUCGGCUGCUACGGCUACAAUUAUGCUUAUGGGAGAUACGUGUACAAGAGCUUGUCGAUUUUGCAGUGUGAAGACAUCCAAGACUCCUCCGCCGUUGGAUCCUCAUGAACCGGAAAAUACGGCGGAAGCGCUGUCGCGAUGGGGGUUGGGAUACGUGGUUUUGACGACUGUGGAUCGAGAUGAUUUGAUAGAUGGUGGUGCGAGACAUUUCGCGGAGACGGUGAUAAGGAUCAAGCAGAAAGCGCCAAAUAUUUUGGUUGAGUGUCUCACGGGAGACUACGCUGGUGAUCUGGAGAUGGUUGCACUCAUGGCAAAGUCCGGACUAGAUGUUUAUGCGCAUAACGUCGAGACCGUAGAGGCACUGACUCCGCACGUCCGUGACCGCCGGGCAAAUUUUCAGACGAGUUUACGGGUGUUGAAGGCUGCGAAGGCAGCUGUCCCAUCACUCAUCACCAAGACGUCGAUGAUGCUAGGGCUAGGAGAAACGGAAGAGCAGAUGUGGGACGCUCUUCGGCAGUUGAGAGCCGCUAACGUCGACGUUGUGACCUUCGGACAGUACAUGCGCCCCACGAAACGACAUAUGCCAGUGCACGAAUACGUACGGCCGGACGUCUUCGAACUGUGGAAGGAUCGAGCGCUGGAGAUGGGAUUCCUGUAUUGCGCGAGUGGGCCGUUGGUGAGAAGCAGCUACAAGGCUGGCGAAGCGUUUAUCGAGAACGUCCUGAAGAAGAGACGAGCCGAAUCAACAGGCCCCGAGAGUACGAAUGUACCGAAUGUGACUCCCGAUGCAAUAGUCAGAUAAAAAAAUUUAGUUUUUUUUUCAUUUUUUUUUAGGGAAGGCCACCGGCGUUUAGGAGUUGGAAUCAUUGUUUUGGCUUCAACCCUGGUACAGCUCCCUUACCAACUUCAACAAGAUGGUUUGUGACUAUCCAAAUUCAAUUUUUUUCUGUUUCAUUCCCUCCCAAAAAAAAUUAAUAAUGAUGCACAUAAUCAAUAGCCAAAAAAUGGUUGGUAUCAUGUUUCAUUGUACUGUUUGAUUUUGCAAACCCUGCCCCUUGCACCUACCAGGUAUCUCUCCCAAAAGAAACCGGGGCCAGGGUCCAUGUAGGAAAUGUUGCAAGCCAAGCGACUUGCGGUUCUGAUCAUCCGCCGGCCUUGGGCUUACUCCUUAAUCAGCUCCUUAAUAUCUCUUUCACUUAGACCCAUCAGAUAUAAGAUGUCAACUAAAC